GACAUCCAACGUACUUUAUAUGGGCGUGACUUCCCAUAUUACAAAACAAAAUGUUGACGACUAUUGAUAUCGAGUGAUAUUUAAUACUUUUGGACGAAUUAAAUGGUUUUUUAUUGUUAAUUACUCCAUAAAUUUGGCACAAUUUUACAUGUUUUACUUAUGGUGACUUACAAAUUUUCCGUGUGCAAAAAUAACAAUAAAUGAGAGUGUUUUUUACGUGUGAAUUCGCCUCAAAGACCACGCCUAACCUCAAUUUUAAUUUAUUUAUCAAUUUUCCAAAUUGAAGAAAAUUCCAUUUUUUCGGCCUGCUGGGAAAUUCAUGGCGAUUUAAAAGUUGAAAAAAGAAAAUUUGUGAAAAUGAAUGAAUCUUCUCCGCAAUUUAUGGUCUUUCAGGCACUUCAGUGUGCCUGUAGCCAAAAUUCUGAGCUGUUAAAACCAGCCGAGCAGAAACUUAUUGAAUGGGAGGUUGAGCCGGGUUUCUACAGUAUUUUACUGCGAAUCUGUACUGACCACACUGUGGAUGCGACUGUUCGCUGGAUGGCGGCAGUUUGCUUUAAAAACGGCGUAAAUAAGUACUGGCGGAAGAAUGCACCAAAUGAAAUCAAAGGAGAGGAAAAGGAGUCCAUCAAGGCAGUUCUUAUCACUUCAUUGAAUGAACCAGUACCGCAGGUUGCCGUCCAACUUGCUGUUAUCAUUUCAAAGAUAGCCAGACUUGAUUGCCCGCGUGAUUGGCCGGAACUUAUUCCUACGCUACUGGAGACUGUGAGGAGUGAUAAUCAACUGCAGCAGCAUCGUGCACUUCUUGUCCUACAGCAUGUUAUUAAGACACUCUCAUCAAAGCGAUUACCGACUGAUCGACGUAUAUUCGAAGAACUCACUGACAAUGUUUACAGCUUCAUACUGAAUCUGUGGGAUAGCUUUAUUACGCUCUUCUUCCAAAGUAUACACGACCAAAAUACAGCACUAGACGUGAGUGUUUCGUACAUUGAGAAGGCCCUGCUUGCACUGAAAAUACUACGAAAGUUAACCAUCUAUGGCAUUAGUAAGCCCCACAAAUCGGAACCAUGCAUGCUGUUCAUAAAGGCAAUUUUCCAGCGACUUAAAGAAUCCCUGGAAUGUCGAAUGCGACUGAAAGUUCAACCGCGAAUGCGAAAUCUGCAGGAGCUGACGGAAAAAUUCAUUUUGAAGCAAAUGAAGAUUCUCAAUGAAUUCCUGGAGCAACAUCCCGUCUCUGCGAUUGAUUUCAUCCAAACAAUUCUCGAGUUUUCCUUCAACUAUGUCUUCAAUGAGGGUACCAAUAUGAUUUUCGAAGGGAACACCGUUCAAUUUACCAAUUUUGCAAUUCACUGCAUUAAUCUUAUGAAGAGAAUACUUUCCAAUAAUACGUACAGCAUGUCCGGGAAGAUAUCCGGCUCUGUGGACUUUUCACAGGCGACAAAGGCAAAAAUGGAAUUUUUUACACCAGAACGAAUUAAUUAUAUUUGCGAAAAAAUCAUCAUGCACUACUUUAUACUCACACAGAGUGAGUUGGAUGCAUGGGAUGAAGAUCCCGAGUCGUAUGCAUCGGAUGAGGGUGGAGAUUCGUGGAAGUAUGAACUCAAGCCGUGCACGGAAUCAUUCUUUCUCACACUUUUCAAUCAAUUUCGGGAAAAUGUUAUUCCGGAGGUGGUGCGAUACAUCCAGAAGGCUCAAAUGACUAUUUUAACGGAGAAUUCAGACUUGAAGGAUAUCCUCUUGAAGGAUGCCAUUUACAAUGCUGCUGGUCUUGGUGCCUUUAAUCUCUUCGAUGAGGUGGAUUUCGAUCAAUGGUUCACCUCACAGCUGCUCGAUGAGCUGAAAAUUAAGAAUAAUAACUUCAGAAUCAUACGGAAACGUGCAAUUUGGCUCAUUGGGCAGCUGACGGGAGUUAAAUUCUCCCAAGCACUGAGACCCCAAGUCUAUGCAGCCUGUUUGGAGUUGCUGAAACCCGAGGAGGAUAUGUAUAUUCGUUUGACUGCCGCAAAAACCCUCAUGACGACAAUGGAUGACUUUGAAUUUAAUCCAGAUGCCUUCCUGCCGUUUCUCGAACCUGCAUUUUACUACUUGUUCUCACUCCUCAAGGAAGCACAAGAGUGUGAGACAAAGAUGAAUGUGCUCAACAUAAUGUCAUUCAUCGUGGAUAAAAUGAGUAACAAUAUUUACUCACAAAUUGACAAUUUAAUUGAGUACUUGCCCCUUCUUUGGGAUGAAAGUGUAAACCACAAUAUGCUGCGCUGUGCCAUAAUUUCAAUUCUGCUGCAAAUUGUAAAAGCCCUUUACGAUAUCCCCCCUAAAUUGGCACCCUUCCUCUAUCCUGUCAUCUCAAUCAGCACCAACAUGGAUGAGCCAUCGCAUGUUUAUCUUCUGGAGGAAGGUCUAGAAUUAUGGUUGAGUGUGAUUGAGAAUAGUAAUACAAUGACAUCGGAACUGCUGCAAUUAUGUGAUAAUGUUCUUCCUAUUGUUGAAAAUUCAUCAGAGAACCUGAGAACUGUGCUCUACAUUAUUCAAUCAUACAUCUUGUUGAGCCCUCAAAUAUAUCUUGAGCACCAUGGAAAGAAUGUUGUGUCAACGUGUUCCUACCUCUUGAGUGAUAUACGACCAGAGGGAAUUUGUAUGAUUAUGAAACUCUUUGAGGCAUUUUUAUGUGCCAAACCGGAAUUUGCAAUUGAAUUACUUAGGCCUGUUCUUCCGGAUGUCUUCAAGAAUGUCAUGGAAAAUAAAGAAUAUUCAUUGGUGAUGACGAUGUACCUCUCGAUAUUGGCUCGAGUUUUGCUUAUCAAUCAAGCAGUCUUCAGUGAGAUAAUUCAGGGACUUCAGCAACCACACGCUUUUGCGGAUAUCCUGGAUGUGUGGAUAGCAAAAUUACCUCUUGUGGCACAAGCUGAUAAAAGGAAAUUACUCAGUUUGGCUCUCACGAGUCUUGUUACCGUUCAAAAUGACGUAAUUUUCGAGAGAUUUGGGUAUAUAAUCCUGAAAAUAUGCGAAACUCUUAAUGAUAUAAUGAAGGAUGAUGAUAAUACUGGAUUUCUCACAGACUCACUUGUAUUUUCGGAGACUAUGGAUUUUGAUAAUAACAGCGAAAUGUGGCCUCUAUCGACGUAUGUGGAGUUUGAAUAUAAAACACACCACUACGAGAGAUGUCGUCAAUUGGCAAUGGAAGAUCCCGUUCAUAAAAUUGUCCUCAAAGAUUUCCUUCAAUCGCAAUUAUUCACUCUAAGGACUCAAAUUGGUGAUGAAAGAUAUAGGAAUUUAAUGAUGAGCAUUGAUCCGAGCGUUCUCUCAAAUUUAGCGGAUUUUAUUAACAUUGAAAUUACUACUAAUCAGACAAUUUCGUAACUAUUUAACCAAACCAUCUAUAGAGCGAAAGGCCAUAAAAAUACAUAGAAGAAAAAACCCAUAAUAACAUAAAUACUGGACACAUCAGAAGAAAAUGCUUAAAUUAUUAUUUAAGCACUGCUUUUUGAAAAGAGAAAAAAAAUUAAAGUAAAUUGAUAUGUAAUUGCUUGCUAAAAAUACAAAUUCAAUCAUGAUUAAAAUUAUUGUAUGUACCUACCUAAAAA